AUGAGAGCUGUGAAUUUACUGUAUAGCUCGAGCAAUCCCAAAUUUCGAAGGAUUUUCAAUGGGGUUUGUGCUGUAAUCCUAUUCUUCUUCUUCUUCUUCUUUGAUCGGAGCGAUUUACUCAGGAACCCAUUUACAAAGAGUCUGUCUUUCGUUGAUGGUAGUGGUCCAGGAUCGGUUUCAGACACUAAUGGAUUCAGUCGUCGACAUAUGAUUGAAGUUGACAGGGAUGGUUCUGGUAAUAACAGCUUGAGUGUUGAUAGUAAUGUAUUGUGCUCUGGGUUACAUCAACACAGAGGCUACGCUGAUCAAUGCGAGUUCUUGAAAUCGAACCCGGUUUGCUCUCCGGAUGGGUUCUUUGAUUACCUCAGCUUCUUCUACUGCUCCUGCAGAGAUUUCAAGAUCUUGGGUUACAUGGCGUUAGGGGUUUGGCUUGUUGCCUUGUUUUAUCUGCUGGGUAAUACUGCUGCUGAUUACUUUUGUUGCUCGCUGGAGAAGCUUUCGAAGCUCUUGAGGCUGCCUCCAACUGUUGCUGGCGUUACUUUGCUUCCACUUGGUAACGGAGCGCCUGAUGUCUUUGCGAGUAUAGCUGCUUUCGUUGGUUCUGACAAAGGAGAAGUUGGUCUCAACAGCGUCUUGGGUGGUGCGGUGUUUGUGACAUGUGUUGUUGUUGGCAUCGUUUCGCUUUGCGUUGCGGAUAGAGAAGUCAAGAUCGAUAAGAAGUGUUUCGUCAGGGACUUGAGUUUCUUCCUUUUCACGUUGUUGGCUCUGAUGGUGAUUCUGGUGGUCGGUAAGGUCACCGUGGGUAUCGCCAUCGCGUUUGUCUCGAUCUACGCGCUUUAUGCUUCUCUCGUGGCUGCGAAUGAGAUUCUGAGGAAACAUUCGAGGAGGUUGAAGCUGGAUUCUCUUACGCCUUUGCUCCCUAUGCAGGGAAGUGUGUUCUCACCGAGUGCUGAAGAGGAUACUCCUAUGUACAGCCCGUUGCUUGAACUCGACACCGAGGAAGGUCCACCUCGGUUGCAUGACUCUCUACCACAGUGGAUGUGGGCUACAAACGUCGCCAUCUACUCGAACCAUUUCGCGAAAGCCAAUGCACACGACGAGGAAAGGCCUCCAUGGGGAUGGACUGAAGAUGGUGGAGAAGUCGAGAGCUCGUUGUGUUCGAAAGUCACGUCCUUGCUUGAAACUCCACUCACGGUUCCUAGACGGUUAACAAUCCCGUUGAUCGAGGAAGAUAGCUGGUCAAAGACGUACGCUGUUGCUAGUGUCUCAUUGGCUCCUGUCCUUCUUUCUUUUCUUUGGAGCAGCCAAGAAGAUGCGAGUCUUCGAGCUCGCGUUGUAGCCUACUUUAUUGGAACUGUGAUUGGGUCUACUCUUGGCUUUCUCGCGUACAGAAACACAGAACAUGAUCGCCCUCCUCAGAGAUACUUAAUCCCUUGGGUACUCGGUGGAUUCAUCAUGAGCAUCGUAUGGUUCUACAUGAUUGCAAACGAACUCGUUGCUCUUUUGGUGACAUUUGGUGGAAUCUAUGGAAUCAACCCGUCGAUACUCGGUCUAACGGUUCUUGCUUGGGGAAACUCAAUGGGUGACUUAGUCUCGAACAUCGCAUUGUCGAUGAACGGUGGAGACGGUGUGCAGAUCGCGUUAUCGGGUUGCUACGCAGGUCCAAUGUUCAACACGCUUGUUGGGUUAGGUCUGUCGAUGCUUCUAGGUGCUUGGUCCAAGAGUCCAGAGACUUACAUGAUCCCGGAGGACAAUAGCUUGUUCUACACUCUAGGGUUUCUGAUUUUCGGGUUGAUUUGGGCUCUCGUGAUGCUCCCACGCAAAGAGAUGCGACCGAACAGAGUGAUGGGCAUUGGUCUGAUCACACUGUAUCUGAUAUUUGUCACUUUCAGACUCAGCUCCGCCAUGGGAUUCAUACCCUGGGCUGCUUAA